AUGCCUCAUGCGACAACGGAACAGCAUUCUGGCGAUGAUCAUGAUGACAUCUUGAUCCAGCAGGUCAUCAAUGCACAGACUACAGAGGAUACUUUCGGCCUCAACCGCGAGCUUGAACCGGGUGAAAAGGCGGAGGAUGCUGAGAACUAUGAAGACAUCAGUGAUGAUGAUCUGGCGGAUGACGAGGAUGCGGAAGGGGAGCGAAGGUCUCGGACAGGGCAUGGGAGUCAGACUGGUGCUUCUCCUAGAAGCCUGGACGCGUUCACGCAAGAUAUCGACUUUCCGGCAUUAAGAAACGGAAACGGCCUUGAAGACAAUGCCUAUGAUGAUGACCUUUUUGGCGAAAACUCAUCACCUCCGGUGGAAACCAAAACAGGUAUGGGACAGACCCAAACGGGGCAUGAUCAAGAUGGCCUAUCAGACUUUGACGACAGCACGUCGCCUCAAGCUCAGCCUGUGCCUCUUCCAGCGUCCCCUUUAUCACGCCAAGUAGAAGCUCAGGGGAAGUCUGUCUCGCGGCUAACGACUCUCAGCUCCAAAGAGUCACCGCCAUCGAAGGAACUACAGCGCCAACAAGAGCUGCUUGCUAUGUCCAGAAAUGGCGCCGCGAAUACCGAUGGCUUACCGGCCCCCCCUGAAAAUCGCGAGGAGCUACUGGCAUCACUGUGGCCCAAGUUCGAGCGUGACACAAUACCGAAGUUCAUGGACUUGCUUCCACCAAAACGAGCAAGAUACCUUGGCAAGUCCAUUUCUAAACCGCCGAAACCAAUCACUCCCACCAAAGUCAAUCUUGAGCUUGCCCUAGAUCAGGAGAAAAGCUUCAAGGUCUCAUCGAUGCCCAACAAGCCUAACAUGGAGGAGACCAGUAUCCCGGGAAUCGUGACCAUACAAGAAUACAUCGUUGUUGACAACGACAAUGGAGAAGACGUAGACAUGGAAUCUGACGUCGAACACGAGCUGGUUGGAGAGAUUUCGUGGGAAGACUUGCAAGUAAUAUGCGAGGACUGGGAUACUCGUAGUGCGGCAGAAUCCCUUGAAACUGAACAGGAUUCGUCUCGCAGCCACAAAGCUGGCAAACCCGAUAAGUACGAAGACCUGAAUCAUGAUCCUGAUCAUGGAUCCCCAUCUGCAAAACGACGGAAACUAGACCAUUUAGAGGCAAACAUAAUCCACACUCAUCAAUUCUCAUUUCCCUCGUUCCAGGAUCCUGAGCAAGCUACUUCAAAGAUUGCAAAGACUAUCACACUAGACCUUAACGAUUCGAGACUCCUGAUCGAUCAUCUCCAGCCCAACGCCAUAUCUAGAAACGUCUUUGGGCGAUCGGAUCUCAAGAGAGCAGGGCGUGGAGCAUUCACAAAAGGUCUCAGCCAAAGAUAUAACAUCUCCAACGAUGACGCAUAUGACUUACUCAAGGAGAAUCACCAAAGCAAGGUUCGAAGCAUGCUUGGCAAUGUGGCUGUGGAGCACAGUCUACCUGCCAUAAGGCUGCAAUGGCCAUUCUACAAAACAAAGUUGGACAAGCAUGAUGCAAGAUCCUUCCAUCGACCAGGCUUGAAGGUCAACCGCAACGAACAGGUCGCUUUCAGCAAACCAGCAAUCACGAAAAAGAAGCACACGAAGGGAAAAGAUACGCAGAAGCUGUUCCCUGACAGCAAAGCUCUAUCUUUGGCGGACAACUCGAAUGUGCUUCUGUUAGAGUAUUCCGAGGAGUACCCAACGAUGCUCUCAAACGUUGGCAUGGGUAAUCGCGUCAUCAACUAUUACAGAAGAAAGACUAUGGACGACACAUCAAGGCCCAAGCUAGAUGUUGGCGAGACAGCUGUCCUUUUGCCCCAGGACAAGAGCCCUUUCUCUAUUUUUGGUCAUGUCGACCCCAGCCAUAUCACCCCAACGCUUCACAAUGGCAUGUACAGAGCCCCAAUCUUCAAGCACACAGCGAGACACAACGACUUCUUAGUAGUGAAAAACACAACCGGAACAGACGGCUCCUCCUGGUACAUGAGAAACAUCGAAAACCUAUACCUAGUCGGCCAGGAGUUUCCGUCGGUAGACGUUCCGGGUCCUCAUUCGCGAAAAGUCACCACAGCCUCCAAGAACCGCCUGAAGAUGAUAUCCUACCGCCUGAUCCGAAAGAGCAAGAACAACAGGAUUAGCGUAGGCGAAGUUACGAGUCAUUUCGCCGAUACCAGCGAUAUGCAAAAUCGGCAGAAGAUGAAAGAGUUUAUGCAAUUCAACAAAGAGCACAAGGAAUGGCAAAUGCGGUCUGGGGAAGCAAUUCCUGACGAAGAAACGAUUAGGACAAUGGUGAAGCCGGAAGACGUGUGUCUACUCGAGUCAAUGCAGGUGGGUCAGCAGCAUCUACAGGACGCAGGUUUCAACAAAGAGGACGACGAGUCUGAGGGUGACGAGUCCAAAGAAGGCCAAAGUAUUGAGCAACAACUUGCGCCUUGGUACACGUCGCGGAAUUUUCUGCAUGCUACGCAGGGUAAAGCUAUGUUGACAUUGCAUGGAGAAGGAGAUCCGACACGCCGUGGUGAGGCUUUUAGCUUCAUCAAGACCUCUAUGAAAGGAGGAUUCAAGCCUGUGGGAGCAAGCGCGAAUGAGAAAAUGAAUGCGAGGCAAAUGAAAGAGUCUGGUGGCCACGCUUACAACGUUCAAGAUCAGCAAAGAUCGUACGAAGAAUCGAUUCGGAAAAUAUGGGAAGCUCAAAAACAAAGUCUGUCAUCGGCAGUCGAUCAGUCAGAAUCCGACAUGGACGAGAAUCCGAUCGAAGAGGCUUCGAAUAGUGCCUUCCGUGCAGAGACUCCACGAUCCGAAGCGCAGACGCCUGCCACUUUACGGCGUCGAGAUGACGAGACUACCAGUCAAUUUACGCAGGCUAGUACCGGCAGCCAAGCAGGGAAGAUUCUCAAGAUCACACGUCACAUUCAAGAUGAAUACGGCAAUGUCGAACCACAUACCGAAACUGUACGAGCACCAAAAGUGAUACGGCAGUACCUCAAGCGAAGACACGCAAAGGAGGCAGAGACCACAGGGCUCACUGAUAUCAAACCGACCGGAAUUGCUGAGCAGGACCGGCGUAACCAACAGAGGCUGGAAAAAGAGCUGGCACGACUACAACGCAAUAAAGAGCGUCGUAUUGCUCGUGACAAGCAGAAAGUGGCCCAUUUGGAUGGAGCUGCUGAUGAACCAGGCUCGCCGUCAUCUCCGGCCAACGUACCGGUGAAAAGUGCUGGCACGCAACGCAAGUGCGCAAAUUGUGGUCAAGUUGGCCACAUCAAAACAAACAAAAAGCUUUGUCCCAUGCUCAAUGGUACGAUGAAGCAAGACGAAGGAUUUGGCAGUUCCGCGUUCACCAUUGGCACCCCCGACUUGUGA